CAAUAAUUCUCUCUGCGUUUGUUACAGCAUCUGAUGAGCGGCUGGUUCAUGGACUACAGCUACAGUUGCCAGCCCGUCGACUACACCAACAGUCAAGUGGCUCUGAGAAUGGCCCAUCUCUGCUGGUGGUAUUACAUAUCCAAGCUGACGGAAUUCACUGAUACGAUCUUCUUCGUGCUGCGCAAGAAGGACAACCAGAUCUCCCUGCUGCAUCUCUACCACCACUCGCUCACCCCCAUCGAAACCUGGAUCUGCGUCAAGUUCCUCGCCGGCGGCCACGGCACCUUCUCCAACCUCGUCAACAACGCCGUCCACGUCAUGCUCUACGCCUACUACAUGGUGUCCGCCAUGGGCCCCCAGUACGCCAAGUACAUCUGGUGGAAGAAGUACCUUACCAAGACACAGCUGGCCCAGUUCGUCAUGGUGUUCAUCCACUCGCUGCAGGCCAUCUACUACGACUGCGGCUACCCCAAGUUCAUCGCGGCGCUGCUGCUCGUGCACUCGACCAUCUUCUUCGCCCUGUUCUACGACUUCUACCUAACGGCGUACAGGACGAACGAGCGGCGGGCGGCCGAGAAGCUGAGGGCCGCGGCCGCCGCCAAGGCGCUGGCGGCGUCAGGCGCGCAGCCCGCCCCCAACGGGCACGCCGCCCUCGCGGCCGCCCCCGCCCCGGCCAACGGCAAGGCCAACGGCCACGCCAACGGCCUCGCCAACGGCCACGCCAACGGCCACGCCGUGGCCGCGGCCAAGAAGACGGAGUGACGCCAGUACGCCCUCCCCCCCACGAGGACCACGAGGCAGCUGCAGCUGUGGGCCAUCUACCAGCAGCAGCUCACCCACCUGCACCACCACGGCCUGUACCAGCGUCCCGUGCGGAUGCAGAUGCCACGGGCCUGGUGCGGGCCAGACUGCGGACAGGUGGCGGAUGAGAAGCUCACCGUCAGGGGCCUCCGGGGCCGCAGGGAGAGCCAGAGCCGGCACGAACUCAACCUUAAGUGCGACGACUGACAUCCGGUCUUCCCUGCCCCGCCGCCCCGCCGUGCCAAAGCCCAGUAUGCAUCCCGGCCCCGAUCGGGGGCCCAGCGCAGCGCGCCCUGCGCCACCAGUGGGGGUGGGGGUGAUCCGGACGCCCAUGUGCUUUGUUGUUUGUUGUUUUAUUAUUUUGCUCACGGUGUUCGAAGAAACGCCGUGGAACGAGUGUCUGUGUUUGAGUGAGUGUGUUUAUGGCAUGUUUUCAAGGACAUAUAAUUGAAACAAUCCAUGUUACCACUGCAACCACUGCUCAUAGCGCGGUCGUACAUGGCUCUUCCAUUUUAUUAUUUGUUCUUCAUCCUAUGGUAUAGUGUACUGACCCUAUUUUAACUCCAGUAUAAAACCUGAUGAAGAUCUAGUCGUCCUGUCUAGAGUACAGUGGGGAUUAUCGAGCUGAUUUGAUGCAGUUUCCCAAAAUAUGCAGUUUAAUUCAAAACACUUUUUAAAAAUUUAACUUUGUAUAGCAGAUGAUAUUUUUUCACUUUGAAAGUAUUUUUUACUGUAGUUCCUUGUACAGGGAAGAGAUUGUGUAUGACAGUUAUUUGUAAAUAUGGCAACAAAUUUGCUCAGCUAUUCAUAAGAAUUGUCGCUGCAAAAAAAGGGAGCAAAUGGCUCCCUAUGGUUUGAAGCUUUAAAUGUUUUCUUGUUUUUUUCAAACAUUAAGGGUAUGUGUUGAGUCACAUGACCUUAGAGUGUAUUUGUAAUCUUUUGGAUCUGAAAAAAAGCAAUGAGAUUUCCUGCAUUUCGUAAAUGGGUUGUAAAUUAUGUUUAAUGGUUGACUUAAUGCUAGACUUUAUUUAUUGUUUGUAAUUAUUGUUUCUUGAUACAAGGAAUUUUACUAUCAUAAGACAAAUGUCAUUUCAUUUCAAAUCAAAAGGAAAAUAAAACUUGCCAGUCACUUCUCUGCCAUCUGCAUAUUUGUAUCUGCCAUUUCAAACUUUAUACCAAGUUCCCUGCAACAUAAUUCUAAGUUUGCAAUGUAUCUAUUUAAAUUCUAUUUAUAUUAGCAUGGUUAGAGUCUGAAGAAUGCAGAAGCAUGCCAUAGAGCAUAUGCAACUUUAAUGUGAGUUUCUGUAUGGUCUUACCUUCCUUUAGCAGUGCCCUAAACUAAGAUUAUUUUCCACAGUCUAUAAUAAUAGUUUAAUAGUACAACUACUAAUUAAGAAUCUAUUGAUUUAAAUAAUAUCACAUAAUUAUUGCAUAUGCUCAAUUCAGCUCAAUUAUUGUUAUACAAUUAGAGUAUCUCACAACAUUCUCAGAUGGAAGAAUGCAUCUGUGAUUUCGUUGGUAAUUGUAACUUUAAACUUCUUGUUAGAUAAGACUUAGAGCUGCCUGAAUACCUACCAAUGUGAACUGUGUUCUUGUGUAAAUAAUGUGUAGUUGAGUCAAACAUAGAGCAAAUGUCAGCACCAUCCUUGCCCUCAUUAACUUUGCACACAAACUGAGAAGUCUGCCAGGACUAUAGACUGUUAGAUGCAUUCGAUAAUAUUUUAGGAAUAAUAUCGUUCAUGCUGAGCAGUCAUCAUGUCAUACAUUUCUGAAGUGGAAGUUUUCAAAUGUUUGUAAUUAUGAGGUAACCAAUUUCUAUGCCAAGUUGAAAAGUGUUUGACCUCUACUGGUGAUUUAUAUUUUUAUUGUAAAAUACUCAAUAAAAACAUUCUGUGUCUUAGAAAA